GGCGUUGCUUGGGUCAUGGUACAGCUCCGGCAGCGCGUGUCCCGCGCCCCGGCGUCGGCGUCGGCGAUGGUGGACGAGGGCCAGCCCGCCUCGGAGGAGGAGGCGGAGCACGGGCUGUUGCUCGGGCAGCCCAGCAGCGGCGCGGCCGCCGAGCCGCUGGAGGACGACGAGGAAGGGGACGAUGAGUUUGAAGACGACGAGGCCCCCGAGGAGCUGACUUUCGCCAGCGCCCGGGCGGAAGCGAGAGAAGAGGAGCGGCGAGUGCGGGAGACGGUGCGCAGGGAUAAAACGCUCCUGAAGGAGAAGAGGAAGCGACGCGAGGAGCUGUUUAUCGAACAAAAGAAAAGAAAACUCCUUCCAGAUGCCAUUCUAGACAAGUUAACUACAGCUUCACAGACAAACAUAAAGAAGUCACCAGGGAAGUUGCAAGAAGUUAAUUUGCAGAAGAAAAAUGAAGAAUGUGAAAAAGGAAGUAACUCCAAGAAAACUAAAGAGAAGGUGCAAAAAGUACAGUCUGUUGGCCAGAAUAGAAGCUACGUGGCUGUAAGGCUCAAAGACCAAGAUCUGGGAGAUUCAAGGCAAGAAGCAGCCAAAGCCUUCAUACAGAACUGUUUAUAUGGUCCAGGAACCAACAGAACUACUGUAAAUAAGUUCCUGUCUCUCGACAACAAGAGGUUACCAGUGAAAAAGGCUGCAGCCCAGUUUUUGAAUAACGCUUGGGGAACGCAGAGAAAACAAAAUGCCAAGAGGUUUAAAAGACGGUGGAUGAUCAGAAAGAUGAAAACUUCUAAGAAGUAAAUCAAAGCUAAAUGCAGAAUGUACUUUGUAUGUAUAGAACUUAUGGUUAUUUAGAGAAUUUUUCUGAAGAAAUCUAAUAAAUCAUUUAUACAUCA